CCGUCGGUUGCGAACAAAAGCAUCGAAACGCACGGGCAAUCGUUUCAAUAAGCGUUUUGAGUUCGAUUCGAGAGGAUCAAUUCAAACAGUGUCCAGUGGCGUUUUUGUGAUCACCUUCGCCAAAGUUUUAAUUACACCGGAUAUCCAUCGACCCAGCUGUACCACUCAACAUGGCUUACCGUUUCGCGUGUGUUCUACUGACCGUGGCCCUCUGUGCCGUUCCUGCACUGAGCUUUUCUGCCGGUGCCCCGAACGGUGCCUGUGGUGAUAUGGUGCCGCAGCAUCACACCGACCCGCAGAAAUCGGCUGCACCUUACCAGAUCAUCCUUUCGAAGAAGCAGAUAAAUGCGGGUGAAGGUGUCACGAUCACUGUACAAGGUAACAGCGCCAAGGACACGAUCAAGGGACUUCUCUGCCAGACGCGCGUAGGAGAGACACCGGUUGGUGCAUUCGAUGUGCCACCAAAUAACAACUAUAUCCAGAAAUUGGACUGCGGCAAUUCCAAAGCGUCGGCCAUUACACAUAAGAAGAUCGAAAACCCACCAAACGCUAUUACCUUCAACUGGAUCGCACCGAAGGGACUGAGCGAGCAGGCACGUGUCUACUGUACGAUCGCACUCAAUGGAGGUGUCUUCUGGGUGAAGCACACGUCCGAUUUUCUGAAGGUGAACUAAGCACUUAUCUGAAGAUACGCUGAGCUACGGUGGUCCCGGUGAUCUACCAGGCUGAAGGGAAGCAGUAUUAGGAGACCUAACUGAUUUCCAUCAGAAGGCAGUCUGUUUUGUUUUUACUCAACCGGACAAUUAUCAUUAACUUACGUUUACCAUCCCGUUUUACCUGAAUGACAAUAAAUACGAUCAUCGACUAUGAUAAA